GCCCACAGAGAACCCUCAUUGACAGAGAACGGUAGCUGUCUGUACUGUAGCUAGCAACCUGAAGUAAGACGUGAGACCCCGAAAAACAACAUUUUACAAUGAAAGACGUUACUGGAUACCUCAAGCAACAACAAAGCAAUAGUCCAACGGCAGAACUUGCAACAGAAUGGCACACGCUGGAAGGCUUACACAAUAGGAAAUUGUGGCAUCAGUUGACACUAAAGCUGACCGACUUCGUGAAAGAUCCUCAUUUCGCAUCUGGAGAUGGCCUUAUUCAGCUCUAUGAGAACUUCAUCAGUGACUUUGAGCACAGAAUCAACCCACUGUCCUUGGUUGAAAUCAUUCUCUAUGUGGCCCGCCAGAUGACCGAGCCCAGUACUGCCAUCAGCUUCUUGGAGAAGACAAAGGAAAAGGUCAAAAGCAGCGAUGAAGCAGUCAUUCUGUGUAACACCACAAUCGGUGUCCUCAGGCUUGACACCAACGACCUGCCAGCAACAAAGAAAAUCAUUGAAGAGGUGGACGAGAUGCUCAACAACCUGCCUGGAGUGACUUCUGUCCACGGCCGCUUCUAUGACCUGUCCAGCAAAUAUUACCGCAUCAUGGGAAACCACGCCAUGUACUACAGGGACGCACUGCGCUACCUGGGCUGUGUGGACAUCAAAGACCUGCCAGAGGCAGAGCAACAGGAGCGAGCAUUCACACUAGGCUUGGCUGGACUCUUAGGGGAAGGAGUAUACAACUUCGGUGAACUGCUACAGCAUCCUGUUUUGCAGUCAUUGAGGAACACAGACAAGCAGUGGCUGAUUGACACACUUUACGCAUUCAACGGUGGAAACGUUGACAAGUUCCAGAACUUCAAGUCAGCAUGGGGACAGCAGCCCGAUCUAGCAGCUCACGAGCCAAAACUCAUGCAGAAGAUCCAACUGCUGUGCAUCAUGGAGAUGACUUUCACACGUCCAGCCAACAACAGACAGCUGACCUUCCAUGAAAUUGGCCAGAGUGCCAAAAUCCCAGUAAAUGAGGUGGAGCUGCUGGUCAUGAAGGCCCUUUCUGCCGGCCUGAUCAAAGGGAACAUCGAUGAGGUGGAUCAGAAAGUCCAGAUGACCUGGGUCCAGCCCCGAGUACUGGACCUUGAACAGAUUAAAGGCAUGAAGGAUCGUCUGGACUUCUGGUGUGGGGACGUCAAGAAUAUGGCCGUUCUGGUGGAGCAGCAGGCUCAGGACAUCCUUACCUAAUCCCCCCAGAUCAUUACACACCCAACUCUCUUUCUGCAGCUUCACCAUGUUUUUGUAUUAUAACUACUGUUCCUAGAAUAGUAAUGGAACUGAAAUUUCUUUGUACUUUAUAAAAAAGAUGUUUCUUACCUUUAACAUUGAUUAAAGGAUGUUGUUUCCCCCACAAAUGUAAUGUCUUUGAAAUUACUCGUGUGGUGCAAUUAAAUAUGUAGGGUGCCCUAUUUGUGGCACGAAAAGUUGUCUGCCAUGGUCAAACACUUUUUUUUGGAUGUAUGCAGACAAUUUCAGCAAUGCAGUAAUGCAUUUCAUGCUUGGUGUUCAAUAAUAGGGGUAAUCCAGCUUCAAGGCAUCAAAGGCCUUUCAUUUCCCUCAAUCACUCACAAAAUCAUUUGACUCUUCUACAGCAGUCUGUCAGACUGACUCGUACUCAGUGCUAGAAAGUCCUUUUGCACAACCCUUCAGUUGUCCAGGUGCAGGUGUAAGGAAGCAAAAGGUGACCAAUAUGAAAAGUUCAUAAACACCGCACACUGGAUACUGUUUUUUCCUCUUAAUUUUUUUGUAGUGAACCUUGUACUAAUCACCUGACAUCUGGCAAUAACUAUCCUAAACACUGGAAAUGCCAAUCCCCACACACCAAGGGUACAUUCCAAAAUGCGACGUUGCGUCCUCCACUUGUGCCUGUGGCCUCGUACCAGGAAGAAAUAUGCUGUGAUGACGCUGACAACAGCAUUAUAUAUCAAUGUCUCAAAAGCAAAAAGUAAAGUCCUUUUCUCAUUUUCAAACAGGAUGGCAAAUGAAUUGUCUCCCAAAAAUUGUUUUGACUAGGCUGACAGCAGGGAAACUAAAUCAUUUUCUCAAUGAAGGCGGAGCAUCAGCAAAAUGUGAGGCCACAAGCCCAAGUGGAGGACGCGAGGUAGCAUAUUGGAAUUUACCCCAAGAUGAGUAGUUACGAGUUGUGUCCCAAUACCUCCCCGUCCUAAUAAUUCCCAUUCCUAAUCACCAUCACAACUACUGUAAAUAAUUUGGGUAAUGGAUAAAGUGAUCCGUUUCGUUUAGGGUCAUAGGCAUGCACAGAUGGGGAUGAGGUGCUACACCUGCCCCCUUGCCCUACUGGACAAAAAAAUGCCCUUUUUGAAAGUUCUUUUAUGAAAGUUGUCACAAUGUACUGUACACAAUGUAAUGUUGACAUGGUGUACAAAUGCUUCACAAUCAAAAGCAUGUGACAAUACUGCCCCAAUAUAGCCUCUAUACUCUAUAGUCAGACAGCCGGAAGUUCCACAUGCCUUCAUCUUUUGGCACCUGCCCCCAAAAAUGUCUGUGCACGCCACUGUCUAGGUUAACGAAUUAAACCCUGCACAAGUGACAAACAUGAUUUGGGAGACACGUCUGAUGCGUUGGAUUACGCACAAGAAUGAGAUUACCGGUAUGUAGUACCUAUUGCCGGUUCAUGGUCAAGACCUACAGGCACUGCUGACCCAUAGAAGCUAACAUUCCAUGAACAUUUCAACAAUUCGCUUUGGAGGCAUAGUGGUAGCCUAAUUGAGGUUUAAUUCGAGGCGCAUGGCCUACGCGCACACCAUUCUAAACCGAUACAGCAGGAUACUUUGCCGAAGCAAGUCUGCAGGCUUGACUUGUGAAAGCAACACAUCCAGGAUGGUAUAUACAGACACUGAUGUAUUUAUUAAGAAUCACAUUUCUGAGGUCACAUGAAGGGAAUGGACGGAUGGCCGCUGGCAGCUGCGCGUCACUCUUUCUUUUUGUAGCUCUCCAAGUGGGCCAGGACCCAACCCGAUGGCCCCAGGAUGGUCACGAAAAAGACAG